AUGGACAUUUCGACGGAAAGUAGCAACAUAACAACUGGUGUCUUACAACCCUUCCAGCCCAUCCCUGAUGAUGCAUGCAGCAUUAUCCCGACCUUUCAGGGCAUAUUUGUCUCGUCACAGGUAGCCAAUCGCGCUCCCCCUCUUUUCCAUGACAUCGAGAAGUUUCUCAAGGUCGAAAUCGCCAAUGGUAACCAGUUUUUACAUGGGCUAAACAUGAACUUUGUCAAACAGCUCAUAGAUUUACUCCGACAACACGCAAAGGUCUUUACGGGUAACGAAAAGAUACCCUUCCUUGUGGAGGGAAGUCUCAACUCCUGUGACGUAUUCAACACUGGGCCUGAUAUCUUGUGUCAUAAAGACGCGGUGGCCGUGAUCCCGGUGUUGACCGAGCCUAGGGCCCCUGCGACGAGCGUUAUCACCCAGCAGGGUCACCUGAAUGUGCAUCCUGCUUGGACAGUACCAAAGUACAAAUGGGAAAUGGCACUUACGACCAUGCUGACGGCUGUCCGCAGCAUGGCCAACGUUGAGGAGACCCUGAGGAAUUUCCCCGACCUCUUGAGAAGUACGAAAUAUCAUAUGGCUCUAAUGGAUUUGAUGACAAUAUCGCUGCAAGGGAACUUCAUCUGGGCUAAACUGUACAGCAUGUUGAAAAACAGACUACCAGGGGCUAGGGGGCCUGGGGCUUCGUCCGAUGCUGUCGUGGCCACGAAGAUGAUCGAGUAUCUCCGGGCAGCCUGGGUACCCUAUUCGGGCAUUAUCAAACCAGAGAACGUCUUCCCCCUUGAACACACCCUUGGAGGCAACGUCUCGUGCAUCAUUGAAAACUUUAUUAAUCAUAUCAAGGAAAACCCGACCGAAGAUAUUGACCUGAUAGAUAUGGCUGAGAAAAUACCCACAAGUGAACCUGACCCAAAGGCAUCGUAUUACGUGGCCAUGGAAAAGCUUUGGAACGACAAGUUUACGAACAUCGACCUUAUGACGACCAUAGCCACGCAGAUGCAGGUUCUGAAGUUACCAGUCCAAGGCUACGUUGAACGAUCGCACCUUCCCGUCUCUCACGUACCCCCAGGUACCAAGAUGACGAUCGUUCGGGCUUGA